CACGCGUGGAGCUUUCCCCCCCGGUCCCGGCGCUUUGGAAGCUCCUACCGGGGAAGAGCGGGCGGGCAGCGCCCGGGAGGCCGGGGGGCGAGGCGGCCCCCAGCACCCCCCUAGAGGCGGGCGCUGCCGGCCCCUUCCCUCCUCCCUCCCUGCUCCCUCCCCUCUGAUCAUGUUGACAUAUUCACACGGCCCGGAGUACUAGUGAUGCUUUGCUGCAGCGUUACAGUUUCCGACACCUUCUUUUUAUAACUCGGCGCUGUCCCCCUCCACCCGAGCUGUCAGAACCCCGCCUAUGGAGCCUCACAAUUGGUCCGAAAGCGUCAAAGAGCCAAUCAAGGCGGCUCCAGCUCCCCUGUAACCCACAACACAUCCCUACGAUCGGGUGCACGCAGAGCACAGACUCACAGGGAAUUCUCAGAGCCGAGAGGCUCCUUCUCCCUCUCUCUCUCUUUCUCUUUUUCUCUCUUUCUCCCUCCCCCUUUUUUUCCUUUCUCUUUCCCUCUCUCUUUCUCCCUUUCUCUUUUGCAGAGACAAGAGUAUAAUUCUGCCAGAUUUUUUUUUUUUUUUUUUUUAUUUUUUAAGGCAGAGCGAAAGAGAAGGGGGGGAAUUUUAAAGAAAAAGGAAAAAAAAAAAAAGGAGGAGGGUGAAAGAAAGAAGAGAUCCUGAUGGGAAUCAGGGCACCCUGACCAGCUUCUGCUUGGAGAGGGGGAAAGGCGAGGCGGAAACGAGAUUUCCCUACAAGUUUUUUGCUGCUGAAGGUUGCUCAGGAGCCUUCCUCGGCCGGCGAAGGGGGGUGGGUUUGUUUGCUUCUUUCUGCUUUCCCUCGUUUCCCAGCCUCUGCUCUGCAGCCUGACCGUACGGAGGAAAGGUGGAGGGGUGGGGGGGAGGGAGGGCAGAGCCAGCCGCCCAAAAAGAAAACCCAGCUUCGAGCCGUCACCCUCCGCCACGGAAGGAGAGAAGGGGGACUGGGACUAAGAGAAAAAAAGAAGAAGAAGAAAAAAAAGGAUCUCGGCUUGUCCAGCCCUUCUGCGGCAACAGGAGCAGACAGCGAACCCGGUGGAUUUUUUUUUUUUUCUCCCUUCUUCGGCGUUCCUUUUCCAGCGCAAGGACUCCCACUCAGGAAAAAAAACCGACCGACUGAAAAGCAAAACAAAAUCUCAGCGACCGAACACGAAAAAAAUCAAGACUAAUAAUGAACAAUCCUGUUAAUCCGCUGUCCCGAGGGCUGGGGAUGUGCCCUGGCUCGGGAAGUUGUAGGCUGUAGAAGUUCUGCCUCUCCCCCAUGUACUGUGCUGUCUAGAGCUUCUUUAUCCCACCCUAUUUUUAUUUUUUAUUUUUUGUGCUUUAUUGCUGUUAUUGUUAUCUUAAUUUUUCUUCUUCGUGAUGUGCUGUUAGAAACCACUCCGGGACUACUCCAGCAGUAGGAAGACCGAGGAGUGGAGUGGAUGAAUUUACCGAUGAGAGAUCCAGUAAUCCCUGGGACAAGCAUGGCUUAUCAUCCUUUUUUACCGCACCGGGCACCGGACUUUGCCAUGAGCGCUGUGUUGGGACAUCAGCCUCCCUUCUUCCCGGCUCUGGCUUUGCCUCCCAACGGGGCGGCCGCCCUUUCCCUUCCCGGGGCUCUGGCUAAACCCAUCAUGGAUCAGUUAGUGGGGGCUGCAGAGACUGGUAUCCCCUUUUCUUCCCUGGGUCACCAGGCAGCAGCUCAUCUGAGGCCUUUAAAAACUCUGGAGCCAGAAGAAGAGGUGGAAGACGAUCCGAAAGUGCAUCUGGAAGCUAAAGAGCUUUGGGAGCAGUUCCAUAAAAGAGGCACGGAGAUGGUGAUUACCAAAUCGGGAAGGAGAAUGUUUCCUCCAUUUAAAGUGAGAUGCACUGGACUGGAUAAAAAGGCCAAGUACAUUUUAUUGAUGGAUAUUGUGGCGGCUGAUGAUUGUAGGUACAAAUUCCAUAAUUCCCGGUGGAUGGUAGCCGGCAAAGCUGACCCUGAAAUGCCAAAGAGAAUGUACAUCCACCCGGACAGCCCGGCCACCGGCGAACAAUGGAUGUCCAAAGUCGUCACCUUUCACAAGCUGAAGCUCACUAACAACAUCUCUGACAAGCACGGAUUUACCAUUUUAAACUCCAUGCACAAGUACCAGCCCCGGUUCCACAUUGUCCGAGCCAACGAUAUCCUCAAGCUUCCCUACAGCACGUUCAGGACCUACGUUUUCCCGGAGACUGAAUUCAUCGCAGUGACCGCAUACCAGAAUGAUAAGAUCACUCAAUUAAAAAUUGACAACAACCCCUUUGCCAAAGGUUUUCGGGACACCGGGAAUGGAAGGAGGGAGAAAAGGAAGCAGCUGACCCUGCAGUCCAUGCGGGUGUAUGACGAGAGGCAGAAGAAGGAGAAUCCCACCUCGGACGAGUCCUCCAACGAGCAGACGGCCUUCAAGUGCUUUGCCCAGUCCUCCUGUCCUGCCGUGCCUGCCGUUGGCACCUCCAGCCUCAAAGAUCUCUGCCCCAGCGAGGGAGACAGCGAUGCAGACAGCAAAGACGAUCCCUUGCUAGAAGGCAACGAGUCGGGCAAAAUCAGCACGACCACCGCCGGCACCCCAGCGCCGGCCAGCUCCGCUGCCACCGCGGGGGAAGACCCCCGGGAGAAGGGCGGCAGCCCCUCCAAAAGCCACUUCUUCCCCGGGGACUCGGCGGGGAGUAGGAGCCGAGAGAGGACUGAAAAAGCCCCUCCGGACUCCAGGCACAGCCCGGCUGCGAUCUCUUCCAGCACCCGGGGUGGAAGCCUGAGCGGCGAGGAACUGAAAAGCCCCCUCAGGGAUGGCCCCAAAGUAGAUGAGAACCGGCUGCUGGGGAAAGAGCCCUUCGCCCCCCUGACGGUCCAGACCGAUAGCACGGCCCACCUGAGCCAGGGACACUUGCAGAACCUCGGCUUCCCCCCUGCCCUGGCCGGACAGCAGUUCUUCAACCCGCUAGGGAACGGGCACCCGCUGCUGCUGCACCCCGGGCAGUUCGCCAUGGGGGGGGCUUUCUCCGGCAUGGCCGCGGGGAUGGGGCCCCUCCUCGCCACCGUCUCCGGGGCAUCCGCCGGGGUCUCGGGACUGGACAACACGGUCAUGGCCACGGCGGCGGCCCAGGGACUCUCGGGAGCAUCGGCGGCUGCUUUGCCUUUCCAUCUGCAGCAGCACGUCCUGGCUUCGCAGGGCCUGGCCAUGUCUCCCUUCGGAAGCCUCUUCCCCUACCCCUACACCUACAUGGCGGCGGCGGCCGCCGCCUCCAGCGCCGCCUCCAGUUCGGUGCACCGGCACCCCUUCCUGAGCGCCGUGCGGCCGCGGCUCCGCUACAGCCCCUACCCGCUGCCCGUGCCCCUCUCCGACGGCAGCAGCCUCCUCACCACUGCCCUGCCCGGCCUGGCCGCCGGCUCGGGCGAGGGCAAGGCGGGGGGGCUGAGCGCCAGCCCCGGCUCCGUGCCCCUGGACUCCGCCUCGGACCUCACCAGCCGCUCCUCCACCCUCUCCUCCGGCUCCGUCUCCCUCUCCCCCAAACUGGGCGCAGACAAGGAGGCGGCCACCAGCGAACUGCAAAACAUCCAGCGCCUCGUCAGUGGGCUCGACCCCAAGCAGGACAGAUCCCGCAGCGGCUCCCCGUAACCCCCCCGGCCCCCGGGAGCUCAUUUCAAAUCAGUCUCGCAGUGCACUUUGUUUGAAAGAAACCACAUCCUCCACCCCGCGAGUGUUUGUUGUUUUGGGUUUUUUUUUUUACCCCCUCCUUAUUUUGUUGGGUUUUUUA